ACCACAAAAACAUUCCCAUAAGAUAAAAGAAAAAAUGUGUUCAUCAUUUAAGAGCAUGUCUUUAUUAAUGAUCUUCUUAUUCCUUCUCUCCCUUAUCUUCUCUAGUGUCCAAGCUCAAGUUCCUUCCAAUGCCACUUUCAAAUUCAUUAACCAAGAUGAAUUCGGUAAUUUCAUCGUCGAAUAUAAUGGAAACUACCGUCCUUUAGAUGUUUUCAAUUCGCCUUUUCAACUUUGUUUCUACAACACUACUCCUAAUGCCUUUACCCUUGCCCUUCGAAUGGCUACAACUCGAUCUGAGUCGCUAUUUCGUUGGGUUUGGGAAGCCAACCGUGGAAACCCUGUCGGUGAAGGCGCUACACUUACAUUCGGAACCAAUGGGAAUCUUGUCCUCGCUGAAGCCAAUGGUAAAGUAGUUUGGGAAACCAACACAACCAACAAAGGUGUAGUUGGCUUCAAAUUGUUACCAAAUGGUAACAUGGUACUUCAUGACUCAAAAGGUAAAUUCAUAUGGCAAAGUUUUGAUUUUCCAACGGAUACCAUCUUAAUAAGGCAAUCAUUACUAGCCAAGGGCCAAAAGUUAGUGAGUCGCCUUUCUGAGAAAGAAAAUAAAAACGGGCCUUACAGUUUGAUAGUUAAGCCCAAGGGAAUCUCACUCUAUUACAAGAGUCAGAACUCAGGGAAGUCUUUGCCUUAUUUUACAACAGCCCAAAAAUUUAGUCCAGUUCAAGGAUCCCUCCAAAAUGUGACUCUAAAAGCUUCCCCAACUUCUGAUGAGGGUUUCGCAUAUGACUUAUCAUUAGAGCUUUCCACUGGAGGAAACUUCAUUGUUGGGAGACCGAAAUAUAAUGCAACAUUAUCAUUUUUGAGGUUGGGAAUUGAUGGAAAUGUUAAAGUCUACACUUACAACGAUAAGGUUGACUGGGGUGCUUGGGAGGAGUCAUUUAGCAUUUUUGAUAGAAAUUCAGCGUGGGAAGAUGAGUGUCACUUACCUGAUCGAUGUGGGACUUUCGGAAUUUGUGAGGACAACCAAUGUGUGGGGUGCCCGUCUGAGAAUGGUGUUUUGGGUUGGAGUAAAGAGUGUGGAACUAAACAAGUAAGCUCUUCUUGUAAACCUAGUGAUUUCCACUACUACAAAGUUGAAGGAGUUGACCAUUUCUCAAGUGGGUAUACCAAUGGUGAUAGUGUCAAAGAAAGUGAUUGUGGCAACAAGUGUAGUUUGGAUUGUAAAUGUUUGGGGUACUUUUACAACCAACAAACUUUUAAGUGUUGGAUCGCUUAUGAUUUGAAGACUUUGAUUAAAGUUGCCAACUCUACCCAUGUGGGGUACAUUAAGACACCUAAUAAACAAGCAACCAAUGUCUUUUGAGUAUUUUUCCUUAUAUAAUGUAGCCAUGUACUUUGCUACAAUAAAAGAAAUUGAUAAUAUUGAUUUAGUUUAUAAAAUCAUUACAUUAUUGCCAUUUCUCCUCAAUUAAACAUUUUAGCCAUGUAUCUUAUUCAAAAUGGGCCAGCCAUAUAACCCAAAUGGGCCUAAGGUGAGAUUAAAUAAUGUGGUCUUUUUCAAUAAAAGUAUAAAAAGUGCUAUUUAAAAGAAUCUUUAUUUAAUGCAAUUAUGGAGUAGGGUGAAUUAGCUUGGAUUGGGUGGAUUUGAUCAAUUGAUCCGAUCUUUACCUUAUUUAUUUCAAUUUAAUACAAACUUUUUGUACCUUAAUUCUAUAGUUUCCAAUACUUUAUUUAAUUAUAUCAUUUUCU